GUGGGCGAUAAUAAAUUUCAUUUUUCACGACAAGCAGAAUAGUUCAGUUGCUGUUUGUUUCAAGUUCCUGUUUAAACAACUGACCAGUCCAGGGAAAGCAUUGGCAAGUGGGACUAAUGAUACAAUAGUGAAAGAGAAACUGAACUAGAGGUCAGCAAUCAACAAUGGAUGACCAACUGGUGGUCCUCGAUGCUAUACAUCUCCUUGUCAGUCCAGUAGAGCAACAAUCUACAGAUGUUACAGAAACUGGGCUCCCAGCUAUAGAGUUCAAUAAGUUGCUAAAAACCAAUUUAGAGAUAUUACACCAGGAGAUCACAACUAAUUUGAAGUAUAAAAAACUAAGCGAGAUUAUUAAUGUUGGUAAUACUCAAGGUGUGUAUGGCAUAAAGUGGACAUUUGUAGGGACAAUUGUGAAACUCCUUAAGUGUCUUAAAGAGGCAAUUGAUGCAAAAUGUGUCAAGGAUACAGAGGGAAGGGCUGCAUUUGAGGCUGCGGAGGAAAAGAAACCUGGAAAAAAUGCCCCUAAGUUAUCUGAUGAUGUUCUUAGUUUUGCACAACAGAAAAUAAUACUGACGGCCAUACAGUUUUUAGUUUGUUUAGGGAUUUGCCCUAACUUGGUGCCAGGGUUGGGCCUUCCGUUAAAGUCUAGAUCAGAGUUUGCUUCUUUCUUAGUGACAUCAUCGAAAGAAAAGAUCGGAAUAUUAGAGAUGAACUAUCGUCUGUUUACAUGUAUUGACAUACUAUUGGAAUGCAUCGAAAGUCCUUCCCUCGGGAGUAUUAUACUUUCACGUCACCUUGGUGAUAUACUUGCUGGAUUACUACAGAUUAGUUAUGCUCCUAUUGUAUAUAAAUCCAAGCCUACAUCCAGUACCCAAUCUAACAAAACCAAUCCUUCAGCUAGGAAUCAAAGUCCUACAGAGGCUGGCCAAACUGAAAAUGCAAAAAUGAACACGAACCCUCCAGACAAGACCGCAAGCCAUGUUGAAUCAGUACCUGAAAUAUCAAGUGAAACACAAGCUAUGAACCUUGAAGACAAAACAAACACAGCCCAAAAUAAAGUUCCACCUUCAAAUGUACAACCUGGGAGAGAUGAGCCUGGUAAAGUUGAACCUAGAAGAUCCCGUCAGAUCACUGACAAAGAUAAAGACUACUGUAAAAGCAGUCUCUCAAGGUUACUGAAUAGGGUGUACCAACCUAUGGUCAUCAGAGAGCUUAUGUUGCUACAGGGAAGCUCAAAUCCAAAGGAUGGUGUCCCAAAAACUCCAAACUGGCUGAGAAAGAUUUGUGGGAAAUUACUGACUGAGCAGUUGCUUCGUCCAAAUGGUGUAGCACACGUCAUCAAAGGCAUGCUGGAUACUGUCACAGAUAGCAGUAGCAUACAGAUGCAUCAGAAAACAGAUGUGUUGGGUGUGGUCAUUGCCACAUGCCCACCCUCCACUCCACCCAAGCAGUUCUACAGCCUCAUAGCCCCUCAGAUCCUUUCUCUGCUAAAUACAAAAGAAAGCCCACAAACUGGCCUCUAUAUAAGAAUAGUCUGUGUUGCCAUAGAGACGAUGUUGUCCCAGCAACAAAUGCUGGCAAAGCAACAUGUAAUAGAACCUCUGUUGGGUCCUAUCUUGCAGUGUAUGGGAGGUUCAAGUUCUGAUGUAUGUUCAGAUGUGACCUCUACAGUGCUGAUCCUACACAAGUUACUACAGGGUGCCAGGCCAGGAUCGACAUUAUACGGGGCUUUGAACUAUAUCCUGUCCCCUUUAUUUCAACUCCAUGUAUUCACUCAGCAGGGCAUAUCUCAUAUCAAAAUCUGUACUGAAGAGCUGCUGAUAAAGCUAUUAAAGGAACUUCCAACAGAAAAAUGUGCAGAGUUUUUGUUGUCAUGUGCAAGAUCCCAAGCUUUGACUGACUUCCCAAUGAUGGACCAGAGGCUGGACUUUGCGAAUGGGUGUGAUGGAGGGGUUGUCAUAGCAACAAGGAGCACAACAAGAGACAUAGGAGAGUCACUUCACAUACAAGAGCUGAGAGCUAUGACAGUGGUGGCACUUCUUAAGACAUUGAAAGAUGACAGUCUAACUGCCAGCACAUUUAUUGCAGUGUUACAGGAGCUUACAAAGAUUCUGUCAUCAUGUGAAGUGAAUGACCAAUUAAAGGAAACCCUGUACAAUGAGGCAGAUAAGGAGCAGGAAUUAUUCGCUGAAAUUCAAGGACGUCUAGCUACAGUUAAUCUAAUUGCUAUGAUGUGUGAUGAACUGGGACAUUCCUGCUUACGUCAAGUUAAACAUGUUGUACAGUUUGUGAAGUUCACAUUAGAAAGAGGUGUGCGACUGCAGUCAUGUGACACUGAUGAAGACCUUCAUGAUGCAUUUGAGUGUGAGAGUGUUACACUCGCACUCAGCCUCCUCAUGACCAUAUUAGGAACAUCAACCGAGUUGACAAAGGAGGAUAAGAAAGACAUGAAUUCUCUCCUACCUCUACUUCAAACAGUCAGCAGUGUGUUUGAGAAUCCAAAGAUUACAGAAUUAGCCAAUGAUCUUGCGGUUGCCAUAGGAACACAGGGUGCAGCAUGGAGCAAGCUUUUACAAGAAAAAGUUGAUACAAUCAAGAAGCGAAGCGAAAAGAAGUCAGAAGAUGCAAAAGCCCCUAACCAGACAAAUGAUCCAUCAACUAGGAGUACACUAGUUGAAGAAUUGGCAGCUACAUAUGCUCAUGAUGAAGAACACAAAAGUGAAAACACCAAGGUUAAAAACAAAACCACGGUCAAUAAGAUGGAGUCUAAAAAUAUAACUGAGGAUGUUGCUAAGGGGUCUAAAGAUUCGAUGAAAUCUAAGUUUGUUGAGACCUCUAGUGACCUGACAUCAGAUCAAGAAUUAGGGACAGCAUCAGAUGAUGAAUUAUUUCAGCAGGCUGUUGAAGAAUUAAAGGACCCCUUGGUGCCAGUACAAGGCCAUGCAUUGAUAUCUCUGACGCGACAGAUACAAAAAAGGACCCCUGCUACACUUUGCAAACAAGACUGGUUGUUUGAAACAUUCAAAGGGUGCUUAAAACAUGAUGAUACCUACAUCUAUCUUAGUGCUAUUAAUGGUCUCGUAUCUCUAAGCAACUCAUGUCAUGACAAGGUUGUCCCCUUACUGGUGAAUGAAUUCUCACAAAAGUCUGACAACAACAUCACCAUGGAGACGAGGAUAAAACUUGGGGAAGCCCUUGUUAAAUCAACCAGAUCUCUAGGUGAACUUAUUCCAAUGUACAGGGACCUGUUGAUCAAUACCUUCCUAAAUGGUGCUAAAAAUGGCGACUCCUUCGUGAGGGCAAGUUCUCUCUCCAAUCUGGGUGAAGUCUGCAAACUCUUGCGCUUUUCUCUGGGAUCUUGUAUACAAGAGAUAAUAAGCUGUUGUAGCAGCAUAUUGAAGUCUCAAGGUGAUGAAAUUGAGGUUAGGAGGGCUGCAGCAAUGGUUAUAACAAUGAUACUCCAAGGGGGAGGCUCUCAGGCCAUCCAGAUACUAGAAAAUGAACUCCAAGCACUGUACCGAUUGAUGAAACACACAAUUACAGUUGAAACUGAUGAACAAAUCAGACUUCACGUUGCAAUGGGAUUGGAAGAAAUGGACAAAUUCAUGCGGGACUAUUUAUUCCCGAAACAGACAUUGACAAAGAAAAUUCAAGUUUUAAGCAUGGAUUGAACUACUAUACUUUAUCAAGUCUGGGAAAAACAAAAUGUCAUUGAUGGCCAUGGGCGGGCAAGCAAUACAAUGUGAAAUUCUGGAUAAUUUGUUCUUGUUCCUUAGGCAUCAGCAUGUAAAAUCAAAUCCGUCAACCAGUAUUUGAGUUUUCAAAGUUUUAGGUUUUUACAAAAAAUGGUGGCCAUUGUGUGAACAUCCUGAAUGCACUGCAGUUCAAAA